CUCUUUGGCCAUACAUCACAAGUUAAUGUUUACACGGACUGAAAAGUAUUUUGUGAGAAUUAACUAUCUGUGUGAAAACAUCACAUGAAUUACAGAUUAUCUAAAUAAGUCUCCAUCAGACGUCCUCAUCUGCUCAGGAAAAGGAAGUACUACUAUGUAGUCUUCAGCAUAGAGGGUUUUCAUUCAGUCUGAGACAGUGAGGACUGAGACGACAUGGAGGUCACAUCACUUUGGAGUAAACUGAUGCUGCUCACUCUUCUGAACACUUACUCUGCUCAGACAAACGAUGAUGCUUUCCCUCAUAUUGAACCAAACAGACUUCAGUUCUUUGAGUAUGAAUCCCUACAGUUAGAUUGUAAGAGGUUUACUGGCUCUACUGAAUGGAGGGUGAUGGGAAACACUUCGUCGUCAGGAGCAUCUCGAUGGGAGGAUUCAACGACAUCCAAAAAUAUCAAACCUACUUUUGUGAGACAAAGUGGAGAGUACUGGUGCCAGAACGGAGAAGGAGAGAGAAGCAGAUCACUCAACAUAUCUAUUGUUCAAGCUGGCGGUGUGAUCCUGGAGAGUCCUGUUCUCCCUGUGAUGGAGGGACAGACUGUCACUCUGCACUGCAGGAAAAAGACACCACCCCACGACCUAACAGCUGAUUUCUAUAAAGAUGGACAUCUUAAAAAGACUGAAUUUAAAGGAACAAUGACCAUUGACAAUGUCUCUAAGUCUGAUGAAGGGCUCUACAAUUGCAAGAUUCCAGGACAUGGUAAAUCACCAAAUAGCCGUCUGGCUGUCAAAGUAUCCAGGCCUCCUACACCUGAAAGCACAACUCCAGCAGGAAAUGAAACUUCUCCCCAUCCAGCCUCCCCUGGAUCCAUCCAACUCUCCACGCUGUUACCAGUUAUCUCCACCAUUCUGUUUGUAGCCGUGCUGCUGGUGCUGGUAGUGGGACUACUUCAGUGUCAGAAACACAAAGGCGGUCAGGAGACGAUGGGGAGUAAUGUGACGUAUGCUGAGGUCACGACGAAGAAGAAAAGGGCCAGAGGAGAGGAACCAGGUCAUGCGUCAUCAACAGCAACAUAUGCGGUCGUCACACCACAGAGGAAGGAAAGAGGAUACAGACAUGAGCAAACUGCCAUGUUUCAACAAACUGCAUAUGAAUGA